CGUACGAUUGAGUCGGUGGACGAGCAGAACCCAAAAAUCAAAUCUUGAAAUGCUCCUCGGUAGAUUAGUUUGUGCAAUGAAAGAAGACUUCGAGGUAUUUUUUCUAACCACUGUUCAGUUGUUUUCUUUUUCAGGAAAUUUGAAGAAGAUUUUCUUUGUAUUCUGAAAUUCCUUCUGAUGGGUGCCAAAUUCUAGGUUUUUGGAAAUUUCUUGAUCGGGUUUUUAGAUUACUCGUUUUUAAGGAAAACCCUUUUUUUUUAAAUUUCUUCUGAUGGUAGCCUAUGCGAUUCUGAGCUUUGGUAUUGGUGGUGAUUGGCUAUCUAACCCAACUUUUCCCCUAAACUUUUUGUAGAUUAAGGGUUUUUUUUUUUGGGGUAACUUUGAUAUUAUGGCAUACGAGACACUGAUGAUUGUAUAGAGUUCACAUGAAUUAUGCAAUGGUAUUUACUGUCUUCCUCUGAAAUUACAAUUUAAUGCAAGGAAAUAAAAAUGCUUUCUUUUUGCUGUCAGCAAUGGCUCAAGGAAAGGAAAAUGAUGCUGAGUGUUUUCUUGUGUUUUUUUUGUGAUUAUAUGUGUGAUAUACUGAUAUUUAGGCGCACAGAAUGUCAAAUUUGAGAUUUCAAGGUAGUAGUAAUGAUCAAUGGAAAAUGUUUAUUGGGAAUUUCAUCAAAAAGGAAAAGAAAAUGUUUGUUGGAAUAGUUUCUAUAAACUUUUUUUGAUAUAUGACUUCCCAUAUCUUCAUUUUGAGUGGCAAAGUUAUCAUUUUUCUGAUGGGGGAUUAGCUUCCACAUCAUCUAGUUUCAAAAUAUGUUAGUUUGUUCUGUUGAGUGCUAUGAUGUGUCAUCUUGAGUUAUAGACUUGCAUUUUGAAAAACAAGGGACAUAGAGUCGAGUUGCAUGGAGGAUGUGUGUGGUUUAACUAAAAUUCAUGGCAAUGUUGGGUUAUAGACUAAAAUUCAUGGCAAUGUUGGGUUAUAGACUAAAAUUCAUGGUAACUAAAAUCACAUCUUGAGUUAUAGAUUGAGUUCAUGGUAAUGUUGUCUAACUAAAAUUCACCCCCUUUUUUUUAAUAAAUAAUGCUAUAUGUG